GGGAAACUUCGAAAAACCACUGGCUGUGGCUCCCAAUUCCCACGCCCGAAGCCUAACCAACCACAUGACAUGGUUCUCCAAACGUGAUUCUAGGGUUCGAUUCCAACCCCUAUUUAUACGCACGUAGCUACUCACAUUACAGGAAUUCACAAGGAGGACUGGUUUCCAAGGCCGCCAACGCCAUGGACGAGGUUAGGGCAAGCUCUGCUUGGGUCGCCACACACUCCUCUCACGUCACAGUCGACUUCUCAGGAAUCGAGAAAGUUGUGGAGUCUAUAAAAGACUCGAUUCCGAAAAUUGAGUGGGAUUUCGAGGGGAUUCACUACUUUGACGACGGGCCGCUAACUGUUCAGUACUUGCUGGUCUUGGAUGCUUUGAACUUCUGUUUCUGGCCCGACAAGGAAUUAAAUUAUGACCACUUGGCUUUGGGACUCAGGGAAGCUCUUCAAAAUGACAAAUCUGCUCUGGAUGCUGAUCGUCUGCAAAAGUACACUGGUUUUGAAUUAAGGAAAUUAUUGAAAUGGCCAAGGUCACUUCCUCUGGAGGAUGAAAGGAUCCGCCUACUGCAUGAGGUUGGACUUGAACUGGAGAGAAACUUUGAGGGCAAAGCCUCCAAUCUUGUAAAGUUGUGCGGAAAAUCAGCAGUAAAGCUUGUGGAGCUCGUCACAAGUCACUUUCCUGGUUUCCGUGACCACUCAGUCUACAAGGGUCAUCAAGUGUUUUUGUAUAAAAGAGCUCAAAUAUUUGUGUCAGAUUUAUGGGGUGCAUUCAAGGGAAAAGGAUAUGGGGAGUUUAAUGACAUAGGUGCAAUUACAAUAUUUGCUGACUACAUCGUUCCGGCGGUUCUUCGGCAACUUGGAGUCUUGAGAUAUAGUUCAGACCUAGCUGGCAAAAUUGAGGGAAAUAGUGAAAUUGGUUCAGGCACUGAGGAGGAAGUGGAACUACGGGCCUGCUCGGUGUAUGCUGUGGAGAAAUUAAGGGAUUUGAUACGGAAAAAUUCUGGAAAACAGGUGCUGAGCAUUGAAUUAGAUCUUUGGCUAUGGUCUGUUGGCGUUCAGUGUUCAUCGCUCCAACAUCAUCGUACCCUCUCUAUAUAUUACUGAGUAGUAGAUUAUAGCCUUAAAAGUUGCUGUAAUUUUGAUCACUUAUAAUUGUUGGAAGGAGAGUAAUAUGAUACCUGGAAGUUUCAAGUAAUUCCUAUAGGAGAAUGUGGUAACUGAUCCAUGACAUCCAAGUUUAAAUA